AUGAUGUGGUCCACAAAACCUUCUAUUUCCUCUGCGUUUGCACGUCACGUGGGAGUCAUGCUCGACGGACGUCGCGUGGUUGUUCGCGUGCCUUUGCAUCUCUCGUGGCGGUCAUUUUGUGUGCGUGGUUCUUCGGACUGCUGGGCUACAUCACUGUGCUUUCGGUCCAUGCGCUGGACGCCAGUGCUUAUCAGACUGGAUACAACCACUUGGUGGCAAAUGUGGAGCAUAUUCUCGACCAGAUCGGACUUCCAGUGA